AUGGAUGUAAGUGACUGCAUUUUAUCGGCGGGAAGGGCCGUUUUGGAGCUGGUGGAGCGGGAAUGGCAGCCGCUGUCUGCGGCGGAGCUGGAGCACCGGCUGGACCAGGCGGUGGAGGACAUCCUGGAGGCAGAGCUGGUGUCUAAAGUCGAAAGGCAGCCUCCGUCCACCAUUUACGUUCAGCUGGUGCAAAGCCAAGCAGAUGCGGGGCAGCAGAUGGUAGCAGCAGCAUCUGGGAGCCCGGCGGAGGAAGAGGAGGAAGAGGAGGAAGAGUCCCAGAACCAGCCGGACCCUAAAGACAGCGAAGCUGUCAAAUACAUCUCGGACCUGCUCCAAAGCUCCAAGUCCCGGGCGCGGGUUUCGGGCCGGGCCCGGCUGGCGCUGUCCCACAGCGUCCUGCUGUCCCUCACCCUGCUCUCCGAGCCGGUCAGCUACCGGGCCGUGUCCCGCCGCUUCCAGCUGGAGAAGGGAAACAUCCACCGGAUCUUCUCCUCCUUCUGUGAGUGCGUGGGCGCCAUGGAGGAGACGCACAUCCGCUGGCCGAUCGGCAGAGAGGCGGAGGAGGCCCUUUUCCCGCUCCGCGGCGGGCUGGAGGAGGGGGGGGGCGUCCCUCGUGUCCUGGGGGUGCUGGGACUCACCCGGAUCCCCAUCCGUCUGCCCAUGGGCCGCCGAGACCUGGAGAGGAACACGCCGGACGCCAAGAGGACGAAGAGGGACGCCCACCCGGACUCCUGGCUGAACCUGGAGCUGGUGUGCGACAGGAGGGGCCGGCUGACCCACUGCGGGGUCAGCAGGGGGUCUGAGGUGGACGGGGGGCGGGGCCUGAGCGGCAGGUUGGGGCGGAGCCCCGCGCUGAUGCCGGCGGGGUCCUGCCUGGUGGCCGCGCCCGGCUUCCCUCUGACCGCCCAGGUCCUGACCCCCUACCGCCGGGGUCAGGGGCCAAAAGAGGAGCUAUUUAACAAAACCCUGCAGGAGCAUUUCCAGAUACUCAACCGGACCGUCGGCAGCCUGAAGGCCAGAUUUCAGAGACUCAAAUACUUGGACGUUGGAAACUAUGAGCGAGCGCGCGCCGUCGUGCUGACGGCCUGCGUGCUACACAACGUGUUCGUGGACAUGGGACGGGCGCCCCAGGGGGAGUUUGAGCAGGAGGAAGCCUGGACUCACGAGGAAGACGGGGAGGAGGAUGAGGAGGGUCUAAGGAGACGUGACAGCAUUGCAGAGCUUCUGCUUAAAAAUGUUUCUGUUGGAAAAAUUACAUAA